GCCAGCGGCUGGAGGCCGGGCCCGGGGACCAUCAUGGCGGCCGCCCUGGGCGCGGGCGGAGGAGCGGGCGCCGGAGAUGAUGACUUUGACCAGUUCGACAAGCCUGGAGCAGAGCGUUCCUGGAGGAGGAGAGCAGCCGACGAAGACUGGGACAGUGAACUUGAAGAUGACUUACUUGGAGAAGAUUUGUUAUCUGGCAAAAAGAAUCAGUCAGAUUUGUCGGAUGAAGAGCUGAAUGAUGAUCUUCUACAGAGUGAUAAUGAAGACGAGGAAAAUUUCAGCUCUCAGGAUGUCACCCGUAGUCUGAAUGCCACCUCUGGCCUGGUCACAUCAUUUGAGUUGUCUGAUCACACUAACGACCAGUCUGGAGAACAAGAGUCUGAGUAUGAACAAGGAGAAGACGAGCUAGCCUACCACAAACCAGAGGGGCAGGAAUUAUACAGCCAGGAGUACCCGGAGGAAGGCCAGUAUGAAGGCCAUGAAGCAGAGCUGACAGAAGACCAGGUAGAAUAUGGGGAAGAGCCAGAAGAGGAGCAGCUGUAUAGUGAUGAAGUGCUGGACAUCGAGAUCAAUGAGCCCUUAGAUGAAUUUACAGGAGGUAUGGAAACUCUUGAACUCCAGAAGGAUAUAAAAGAAGAAUCUGAUGAAGAAGAUGAUGAUGAUGAAGAAUCUGGGCGACUACGUUUCAAAACGGAAAGGAAAGAAGGAACAAUUAUUAGACUCUCAGAUGUAACCAGAGAGAGAAGGAACAUUCCAGAAACUUUGGAGCUUUCAGCAGAAGCCAAGGCCGCACUGCUUGAAUUUGAAGAAAGAGAACGACAGCAUAAGCAGGGGCGCUACGGUUCCCGGCGGGGAGGAAGGCGAGGUGGCGCUCUGAUGUGUCGUGGAGUGGGAGACCAGAGAAGAGAGAACAGUGAGCGGGGAAGGAUGAAAGAUCCCAGGCCCGCCCUGCUGCCUACACAGCCUUCUGUUGUGGCUCACUCACCAAGGUUAAUCCCUCCGCCCCAGCCGCAGCCACCUCCUCCACCACCACCACCUCAGCAGCAGCCAAUCAGAAGCCUAUUCCAGCAGCAGCAAUUGCAGCCUCUGCUCCCCUUGCAGCAUCCACAUCACCCUUCUCCACCUCAGGGAGUACACAUGCCCCCCCAGAUCGAAACCCCGAGGAUGAUGCUUACACCUCCUCCUGUGACUCCUCAGCAGCCCAAGAACAUCCACAUCAACCCACACUUCAAGGGGACUGUGGUGACUCCUGUUCAAGUGCCCUUGCUGCCAGUACCAAGCCAGCCAAGGCCUGCCGUGGGGCCCCAAAGAUUCCCGGGCCCUCCGGAAUUUCCACAGCAUACACCUGGACCUGUUCCCAACAGUUUUAGCCAGCCACCACGACUUCCUCUCCAGGACCAGUGGAGAGCCCCACCCCCACCUCAGGAUCGAGACCCUUUCUUUUUGGGAGUUUCAGGUGAACCAAGGUUCCCCAGCCAUCUUUUCUUGGAGCAGCGAAGUCCCCCUCCACCGCCGCCGCCUCCCACUCUUCUGAACAGCAGCCACCCUGUCCCUGCUCAGAGUUCCUUACCGUUCACUCAGCCUGGACCAGCAUUUAAUCAGCAAGGACAGCAACCAGUGUUCCCAAGAGAGAGGCCUGUAAGACCAGCCCUGCAGCCCCCUGGUCCAGUGGGGUUACUGCACUUUAGCCAGCCAGGGUCAGCAACUGCUCGGCCUUUCAUUCCUCCCAGACAGCCGUUCCUGCCCAGUCCAGGACAGCCGUUUUUGCCCACACAUGCCCAGCCUAACCUGCAGGGGCCCUUGCAUCCUCCCUUGCCACCUCCUCAUCAGCCACAGCCACAGCCUCAACAGCCCCAGCAGCAGCCCCAACACCAUCAGCACCAACCGCAGCACCAUCAGCACCAGCCCCCUCUCCAGCCGCCACUGCAGCCCCCACACCAGCCUCCCCCGCAGCACCAGCCUCCCCCCCAGCACCAGCCUCCACAGCAGCACCAGCAUCACCACCACCUGUCUGCUCCUCCCCCUCCUCUGAUGCCCAUGUCUCAGCCUCAGUUCAGGCCACACGUGCAGACUGCUCAGGCCCAGCCCAACAGUAGUCGGAUGCAGUGCACCCCACGCCAGGGGCUACGACAUAAUGCAGCAUCUCAGAAUGUCACCAAGCGUCCCCUUCAGCAGAUGCAGCCCACUGCUCCUAGGAACAGUAAUUUGCGUGAGCUGCCCAUCGCACCAUCACACGUUAUAGAGAUGAGUAGCAGUCGCUGCUCCUCCACGCCAGCAGCUCAGGUGAAGCCCGGCGUCAGUGCGUCCCCAGCCGCCAGCGCCACGGCAGCUCCCAGAGGCACACAGGGAAAGACUGAUGCGAAGAUUAAGCCCACGAGCCCCGGGACUCAGCCGAAGGAAGAAGCAAAACCAGAACCAGAGUUUCCUGAUGAAGAUGAGGAAACUAGGUUAUAUCGUUUGAAGAUAGAAGAGCAGAAGCGCCUAAGGGAAGAAAUCCUGAAGCAGAAGGAGCUUCGUCGGCAGCAGCAGGCCGGUGCCAGAAAGCGGGAGCUGCUGGAAAGACUUGCGCAGCGGCAGCAGCAGCAGCAGCAGCAGCAGCAGCGGCUCUGCGGCCCACAGACCACAGUGGAGCAAGAGGAAGUAGCGGCUACGCCGUCCCCCACCAACGGCGACCCACUGUUACCCUUUCCAGGGGCUCAGUGCCGGCAAAACGUGAGAGCCAGGCUUCUUGUUAAAAACCAGGACGUCACAGUGGGACACGUGCAGCCUAGAACUUUCAACUUUGUUCCGCCUGGUGCCAGCAUGCCCUACCAAGGGCAGCCACUAAAGCCACUGAGGCACUUGAGGCAGGGCAGAACGGUACCUCAGAGUCCAACUCCGCCGCAGCACAAAGUCCUCCAGGUCACACCUGUAGGUGUGGAGGAGUCCCCACCAUCCCCACAAGGCCGGCCUCAGGACACCAAGCCUGGCGUGAAGAGAACUGUCAUGCACCGGGCCAACAGUGGAGGUGGUGGAGAUGGGCCACAUGUCAGCUCCAAGGUCAGGGUGAUUAAGUUGUCAGGAGGGCAGGGAGGAGAGAGCGAUGGCUUUUUUCACCCAGAGGGUCAGCCCCAGCGGCUUCCCCAGCCUCCGGAAGUGAGACAGCAGCCUGCCCGCAAGGUGACGUUGACCAAGGGGCCCCCUCAGCAGCCCCAGCACCUGCCCAUGGGGCCUCACAUGCACCCGGCUAUUCCUCCAGGGAUCAAAAGCAUCCAAGGCAUUCACCCAGCCAAGAAGGCCGUCAUGCAUGGACGAGGCCGAGGAGUGGCAGGUCCCAUGGGCCGCGGGCGUCUGAUGCCAAAUAAACAGAACCUGCGGGUGGUGGAGUGUAAGCCACAGCCCUGCGUGGUGUCCGUGGAAGGGCUCUCCUCUUCCACCACUGACGCCCAGCUGAAGAGCCUGCUGAUGUCGGUGGGGCCCAUCCAGAGUUUACAGAUGCUCCCUCAGCAGCGGAAAGCUAUAGCGAAGUUCAAGGAGCCAGCCCAUGCACUAGCAUUUCAGCAGAAAUUCCACAGGCACAUGAUUGAUCUGUCCCACAUAAAUGUGGCCCUGAUUGUGGAGUGAGUUCUGACAGGAACAUCUGACCUUAAGCUGCACACUGUGCAGUUUCUUCAAGGAAGUUGCCGGCCGGUGCAGGAUCCCCAGAAGCGGAGUCCUUUCUGCUCUGCAAUCUGCUAACUUGGUGGAGCACCAGCCAGUCGGCCGCAGGAUGAUUCCAGAAGAGACCUAAAGCGGUGGACAUGGCGAGUGGAUUGUGGUGUUAGAUUGCUUGAAUUCUGUAGUCCACAUGAACUCGGGUUCUCGUGUUCUUCUGUUCCAAGUGCUGACGAUGCAUGUAGACAUGUUCUUCAUGAUUCUGCUGUCUGGUUGGUCACAGGGACUUAGAGUCAGGAAAGAACAUUACCAGCUCAAAUUCCAAGUAUUUUCCACAGAAAAGAAUAUCUGAUAAUGGUUGCACUUAUCUUCAGUACAGGCUAGAAAAGAGUUCUUAAUCAGGCUUACCUGAGAUUGUCUUCUCAGAAAGCCCUCACAGGCUCUGGUAAAAGCAUAGGUAAAAUCUGGGUGGUUAUCAGUUGACACGUGCCUGCCCUGGAAAGCUGGACGUGGGGUGGGUUUCUGGAGCCGUGGUGGAAGUGGCAUUCUGCUUGUAAACACCUCCAUGGUGCCAGGUAGAUUCCCACCCAUUCACUCUCAGAAGGGUACAGUGCUGGCUAAGCACAGGGACCCUUUCAACCCAGAACCCACUGCUCUGCAACCCUCUGGUCUAGUUUCCUGGCAGUCAGGUUGAGGCACAGUUUGAAGGAAGGGUUCUUCUCCUUAGAUGCAGCCCCAGCUGGCAUGGGUGGGUCACUGGCUCUGGGAUGUCACCAUCAGUGCAUUGCUUGCUUUUGUUGGUAGGCCUUUUGAGUAGGGGCUUCUCUGUCCUUCAGGGGUGUGAGUUUCUUUUGGCUUGCUGUUCUAGCAUAUAGUAUGAGGGAUGAGUCUCACAGGAACAGGGACAAAAUGUGUGUGUUGCCCCUUAGUCGUUCUGGUAGGAGGUUCCUGCAGGUGAGACUUGCUCUCUGCAGAGCACUCUGCAAAGUCCAUGCAUGGGCAGGCACUGAGUGCAGUGCUUAUGUGUUCCGCCCUUGAGUGGUUCUGUCUGGGACAUACUCUAACAUGGGCAAGUGACACUGGGGCACAUUAAUUUUUUUUUAGCUGUAUUUUAUACUGUGAUUUCAUAUCACAUUUCUUAGUAGGCUUGAGGGAGAUAGAAGCCUGUUACCACUUUCUGCCUCUGAUUCCCCCAGCAAGGACCAGCCUGAGGCCUACGGCUCUGUGGAGUGCCUAUAGCAGCCAAGAAGCCAGACAGAGGGCUUGAAGUGGCUGCCACAGCUUAAAUUUUACUUUACAUUUUUAAAUUAAGUUACCCAUAUGAAAACCUGGAGAAGUGUAUUCCAGGCCCCAGGAGACUAUGUGUAGCAUUGAUCUGAGAUGACAUCAGGCGCCAACAAGGAGCACUGGGGAAUUCGGUUUCCAUUUGGGUUCUAGGAGAUACGCACAUAUAGGAUGUCUCAGAAGACCCUAUAGUUGUGGUGCCACCUCUGACCCCGGAGAUUCGGAGCUGCCCCGGCAAAUACACACUGGGUCAGCUAGCACCAGUCCAUGUGUGUGCCAUCCGCUGUCACUGCCCACUCCUGUUCACGUAGACAUCGAGUAUUCAUAUCUUUCGCUGAAUUGAUGAGCUGGCUAGCAGCUGUGCUCUAGUUGGGGGGAUACCAACCACUUGGGACCUCUGAACUAUGGGAGGUUCAUUCUGUCACCGAACAGGGUAUGCUGCAGUCAGCGUAACACGUUUGUGUCAUUUUCUCACACCAUUCUGAGUGAGCGCUGGGCUUUUAAAACCCCAGUCUACAUUUUGUUUGGAAAGUAGGCACUGAAGCAGUAAGCCAGUGUUCAGGAAACAAGUCUUUGGGAAGGAAGUUCAGGUCUAUUCUGAGGCCUCCUUUUGGCCUUGUGGGAGUGAUGUGGUCCCCAGGAGCAUGUGUGUGCUUGUAACUGUCCACAUCCGGGAGCUAGCCUUCUCUUACUGCAGUGUUCUGAGCGACCAGCCCAAGACAGCCGAGCCUCGCGUGAAGCAUGCUUGCUUAGAGCAGCCUGCUGUGGUCUGAUCUCUCAGUACACACGUCAGCAAGCUUCCUCCAAGGAAGCCACUGAAAAGGAAAAGCAGAAUUAGGGAGUGCCACUGUUCCCAUUCUCAGUGUACCGAGCUCAUGAGGAUCUGCUGCAACCAUUAUCUGUGUUCUUUCUCAUCCUGCAUUGGAGACGACAUGCACACCGUUAGCACACUGUAAAUACCGACCUGUCACAAGUAAAACGUUGUUGGAGAUGCUUUGAACUGGGCAGCGUCUUAGCAUUUGUUAGUUCUUUGUGUUGUCUUAGCCAAGUUGAAUGGUGUGUUUGUGUGUAACUCGAUUUUUAUAAAGAUGGUAGUAGUCAAUACAGUA